AGACUUCGUAGUUCGUUCAUACUUCAUAGUCAGUUCACGGCUUUACGCGCAUCAGAAAGCGCGUACCUAUUGUACACGCAGUAUGAGUAUGCGCGCAGAAAAAUACGCUAGACUUUAACCGCCCUAUAAAUCAUUUACGGAUACAGUAAACUAGACAAGGAAACCUUAUAAAAUGACAUCGACUGACACAUAUCAGUUAAAAUGGAAUUCUCACAGCUCCCAUUUAAAUGGUUUCCUAGCAUCGUUGCUAUGUUCGGAGCGAUUCACGGAUGUGGUCCUUUGUACCAUGGAUGGGUCUCAGAUACCGACCCACAAAUUCAUCCUCAGUUCAUGCAGCGUCUACUUCAGCGGUCUUUUCGAAGGACAACGUUCAGUGACGCGUAUGGGGGAAAUACUAUACGUAGUACUCCCGUCGGAAAUAUCUACAAAAGCCUUGAAGAUUCUCGUAGAGUACAUGUACAAAGGUGAAACCACAGUCUCUAAUGGAGUGUUAGACAUGGUAUUAAAAGCAGGAGAAGUGCUAAAAAUUAGGGGAUUAUGCCGACAGACAGAUGAGAUUGGAGGUGAUUCUACAUCUGCUGAGAAGACUACUAGCCCAUCAUCUAAGCAAACUGAAAAAACAAAAGAAGUAGAAACCACUACAUCCACUAUCACAAUGCCCACACCAACUAUCAGAUUGGCUUUAGAUGAUACCGAAGAAGGACUUCCAGCUAGGAUUGUAAAAAUAAAUGUUGUAGAAAAAAAAUAUGGAAAGAAACAAAAGAUGGAGACUUCUGAAGAAAGUAAGGAAGAUGCUGGCUCUCAUAGUUCAAAGAAAUCAAGUCAACGUAACCCGGUUGUGGAAGUCCAUGUGAAAGGAGAGCCAGAAUGGGAUGCAAGCAGCAUGGAGGAAGAAGAGAGUUCCAUCGCAGAGAUGUGCCUAGCUGAGAUGAGUAUCAAGUCGGAGCCAUCUGAUGGUGUAGAUGUAGAGGAAGAGCGACAGCUCUACAGACCACUGUCAUGUGAGCUUUGCGCUGAAGUGUUCUCGGUUCCCGCUGCAUGGGUCAGGCAUGUGCAGCAUCAUGCGGAAAAUGAUCAUCAUCAUGCUCGGAAAAGGAAGCGACGAUCAGAUAGUGACGACACAGAAGAAACGACAGCUUUACUCCGCUGUGACCUUUGCCAGAAACAUUUCCCGAACCCAGCCGAAUGGGUGAGACACGUACAAAGCUCGCACACUGAGACAGCGAUAGAUCGAUCGAAGGUACUGGAGAGGCUUCUUCCUGAUCCUAAUGAAGUCAAUCGAUGCAGUGUUUUGAAAGUGAAGCAUGAACUCACCAAAAUAGAAAAGACCCGAACGAGGCAAAAGAAAGUUGGAAAUAUCAUGAAGGAAUACACCGAAGUGGCAAGAAAGGAAUGCAAAGGCUGCAAAGCCCUGAAAAAGAGAGUGCAGACGAUUUAUGAAUGUAAGCAAUGUGAAGGUUCUCCAGGCUUUUGUACAAAAUGUUUCUGUCAGGCACACUCAUAAGUUUUUUAUUGUAAUCUAACUUAUAUCUACAUCUAUAUAUAUAUACUAUAAAAAAUUACUUCAUUAGGAGCAUGAAGGUAUUUUUUUACGGAUGAAACGAAAUAAUAAUAUUGGCGUCACGCCGGUGUGCAGCGUUUUUGUUGAAAAGGGAGAGAGCGAUUGAGAGUAAAAAGGGCAAAGGCAUUCAUUAAUGCAUUCAUGCUACCUUUGCCCUUUCUCACUCUCAAUGAAAUUGCUUCAGAAAAGAGUCAUGGAGCGUUAGUAGGGAGUAAGUAAGUGAGAAAGAUCGAGAGAGAGAGAGAGAGCGAGAGGUGGAAGAAAGUGAGACAGGAGAUCGAUAAAAAAUACACGCUAUUGAUAGAUGUAUUUGUUUAGUUACGUAUUAUAACUUUAGAUGACAAUUCUAUUAUAUAACAUUGUGCAGUAAACG